GAUAAAAGACCAGCGAGAGAGAGAUCACAAGCAUCGUUACUGAUUCCGGCCCCAUCCUGAGGAAGGUUUUAAUUUCCAACCAUGAAAUCUGUAAAGGAGCUGCCCGUGGCCACCCACGUGAACCGUCAAGUUACAGACACUAGACCCUGCAGCAGCCUCCGAGUCAAGGCUUCAUGUGGACAUAUCGCAGAACCCCUGAGUCUAAAAGCCUGGGCUAAGUCUCAGAUAGACACGGGAAUCCAUUCUUUUCCAUGUCAGACCUGUAAGAAGGAGUGGGUCUGGCAGGAGGUGUGCAAGUUAGCACUCUUCACAGAAGAGGAGAGGGAUUGUUAUGAGAAAAAAUUGGUGGAACUAACCAAAGAUGACACUGCUACCUACAAAAAGUGUCCUGACUGCAAUUUCCUUGUGCAGAGAGUGGAUCCAGACAAUCUGUGUGUGGAGUGCCUAUCAUGUUCUAAUGUGAAAGGGAAACUCUACCAGUUCUGCUGGGAUUGUAUGAGAGAGUGGAAUAACCCAGCAUCACAGAACACUGACUGCGGCAACAAAUCCUGCAGCAUCACCGCAAUGCUGCUGUCCUGUCCACUCAUCGAGGCCCCCAACAUUGAGGUACACCAGUGCCCCGUGGUGAGGGCAUGUCCCAAUUGCGAGACCCUGGUUUCUCACUGUCAGCAGGGCUGUCCACAAGUAACGUGUCCCAACUGUUUUCAUGAAUUCUGUUAUCGUUGCCUGGGCAUUGAAGAGUGUAAAUUUGCUGAAUUUGUGGAACUGAGGGAUGAUGAUGAUGAUGAAGAAGAAGAUGAUGAUGAUGACUCAGUUUACGAAGAUCUUAAUGAUUUCUCUGAGUGUAUCAGAGCUGGAAGACAGAAAAUUACUGGCAGAAAGAACUAUAAAAUUAAUCCAAACUACAAACUGGACAGGGAUUGAUAGAUAGUGAAGUGGAAGGUGAUUUUAAUUAUCGAUUCAGCUAACCUCAAAACAGUCAUGA